GGAACGAGGUGUCCGCCAUUACUGCCCGCACCCCCGCGUCCUUCCCGCUGCCUCCUUCAGGACACCAAGGCCCCGCCAGUACCGCGGGUUGUCCAAAAGUUGUUGCCUGUGGGAAUUCUCGAUGGGCGGAGCGGGGAACUGUCCGAAAAUAAAAAUUCCCGGGAGGCCUCGGUGGGCGGAACGCGAGGAGCGAGCCACUGGACUGGGGGAGCUGAAUGGGGCUGUACCGAGGCACUGAGGGGGAACGCUUUAACCGACGGACCGCGGCGCUGAAAGAUGGCGGCGGUGCCAAAGGUGCUGUGCUCGGAGAAAGGAGUGUUGCUCAGGCAGGUGUUGGCCCUCAGCAGAGCAGCAACAGCCAGAGAAAACUUUCUGUGUGCUGCAGGUGAUGCACUCCUGGCUCCCCACAGAUCCUACAGGUCCCGACCCACCCAUGGGAUUGGGAGGUUUAAGUACCUGCUCCCAAAGGAGGUUCCAAAGAGGAGAAAGGAGAAGGUGCAGAUGAAGGAGAUCAGUGCUGGCACUGAGUACCAGUAUGGAGACAUCAACAUCCAGAUGACUUCCCAUGACCUGUGCCUGGUGGAGCACUUUGCUCAGUAUGUGCACAGGCUCUGCAACCGCCUCUGCAUCCGGGUCAAUGAGAGCUACGCCAUGCCCACCAGAACCAACGAGGUGCUGCUCCUGGAGGAGAGGGGAUCCAAAAUGCAGCUGGAUGCAGUCCUUACCACCCACCAGAGGGUUGUCCAGAUCCGCGGUUUGAGCUCCACGUUUGCUCCCAUCCUGCUGGAGGUCAUCCAGAGCAGCCAGCCUGAGGGGGUGCACCUGCUGAUGAAACAGCACACGGAAGCCGAUUUCAAGAGCCGGCUGAAGGCUCGACCAGAGCUGGAGGAGCUGCUGGCAGAGAUGUCCUGAGGUGGGAAUUUCUGCAGAAAUCUCUGUGCUGCAACAGUCCCAGGAAUUGUUAUAGCCAAAUUUGAUGGAUGCCAAGAGAAACUGUUCCAGAAACUGGUUGGUUUGUUUGGAGGCUUUUUUUUAUCCCUUUCUAAAGACCAGCUUGUGAAAAAGAGGGAAAGUAAUUCAUUUUUUUACCCUUUUCCCCCAAAUUGGGGCUGUCCAGGUGUUGCUUGUGCUUCCAUGCCCAGCUCUUGGUAUUCCUAGCACCCACAUCCCUGGGAAAUGGCCUGGAACCUUCCUUCUGACAAAAGCCAUGCAAAAAGCAAUUUUAUUUCCUUUCUCAUGGCUUAUUGGCCAGCAGGUGGUGGUCAGAUGAGCAUCCCUAUUCCUCCCAUUCCUGAUUUUUCUGUGGCUUCCCAGGAGAUAAACCCCAUCCUGUGGGAUGUGAGGUUAUCACUACUGGGAAAAGCCUUACGAUGGCACAGAGGACAUGGAAUAAAAAUUCAUGGCAAGGCUGUUCCA